CCCCGCCCCCGCCGGCAUUGCGGAGCCGCAGACGUGACCCGAGCGGAGCCAGCCGCGGCCUUUCCCCGCUGCGCCAGCCUCUCGCCGCAGAAUCGCAUGUCAUCUAUCCAGAACCUCCAAUCCUUCGACCCCUUUGCUGAUGCUACAAAGGGUGACGACUUACUCCCGGCAGGGACUGAGGAUUACAUUCAUAUAAGGAUCCAACAGCGAAACGGAAGAAAGACUCUAACCACCGUUCAGGGAAUUGCAGAUGACUAUGACAAGAAGAAACUUGUGAAAGCCUUCAAAAAGAAAUUUGCUUGUAAUGGUACUGUGAUUGAGCAUCCUGAAUACGGUGAAGUUAUCCAGCUUCAAGGUGACCAGAGGAAGAACAUCUGCCAGUUCCUCUUGGAGAUUGGCAUUGUCAAGGAAGAACAACUGAAGGUUCAUGGUUUCUAACCCACCCCUACUCCCAUGAAGAAUCCUUCAGUGUUUGGUCCUACCCAGCCUGGCUCUUCUGUGAAAAAUGUAUCUUUGCAGUGAAUGGACUUCCCUAUUAUCUCACCAUUCUGAAUUGGUUUCAGAUUUGCAUGACUGUGUGAAACAUGUGGUGUGUAGACUAGAAACACAUAAGAAAACUCCAGUAAGGUGGUAAUGAAGAUGCUUGUGAACUUCUGCACAUUUCCAAUGGAAAUGUUUUAGUGAUGAUUGUUGACUGUUUUUCACCUGACUUAACUGUGUGGGUUGUAUUAAAAUAGUGUGUGGUGUUGGUUAAAAAAUAAAAGUUGAUUCAUGUAUUUUCUGGGAUAUCUGAAAUGCUUUAGCUUAAGGUUUAAACUAGUGCAGCAGCCUUACUACAGAGUGGCUGAAGUGUUUUGUGGCAAGUAUAGCUCACUGCUUACUGAAAAAAAAUGGCAAAUCUACAUGAAGUAUUAGCUGACGAAUCAGUAGAUUAGCUUGAUGCAAUCUUAUGCUGUAGCUGUAAGACUAGAGCUUAAGUCUUUUAUGUAGGUGUAUCUUAAUAGCAGCAUGAUAAGAUGUUCUUUAUUAAGUAGCUGAAUCUUCUCUCCAAAAUUUACUGCAGAAUGUAGUAAUGGUGUUCAGCGUAGUAGGGCUAACAUAAGUUCAUCUACUUAAAGCUGCUAUUACUGAGAGUAUAUUAAACAUCAGGGUCUUGAAUGCUUCUCCCAAACCGUUUGACUUUCAUCUCUUCUGUCAGAGUGAAGGGGAACAGUACUGGAUUCUGCAACGAUUGAACAUUUAAUAUUGGCAGGCAGAGAACUUCUAUUAGCCGGUAGUGUUAGCUGCAGAAGUGAGGAAAGGAACAGGCUCUUCACUAAGCUUUUUUUCUGGUGUGAAAAAUUUUAAUAUGGAGGAUCUUGUUCUGGGGUUUGUGUGUUACUAGAGAAAGCUGAUUUAGGCUUUAUCCAGUGUUAUAAUAGAGGUGUUGGGGUUCUUUUCUACCAAGCUCCUCAUCUAGUUUUAAUUAGCUGUAGAUAUUUAGUGUUUUGAGUGCAAGGCACGUCUCUUAAUGGAAUGAAAUGACUUCAUCUGGUGAACGUGGGGGAAAAAAAAUGGAUUGCCAAAGCAGACAUCAAGAAUGUGAGAAAUUUUCCUGUUUAUUACCACCUGUAUCUGUACUCUUCACAUUCAGAGGCUUGCCUUUCUAGGCAAAUGCUCAGUUGCAACCUGUUAGAAAAUUUUAGAUUCAUGAGUUCAGGUAAGAACUUUUAUGCCACUAAUAACAACUGGGGGAGCACUGCAGAGCAUCCAUAUGACAUUUUUGUACUCUGUGGUUUAGAUAAUUGUAGGAAUCCACUCUUCUGUCUCUCCAUGCAUUUCCAUGCAUUCUUCAGGCCUUUCUGCUCCAGAAGGGUGUCCCAGAAGAGAGAGUACCCUUCAGGUGUCAUGUGCUUAGGAUGAGGAGGAGAAGCCUCCUGUAAACAGAAUAUCAACACCUGGAACUAAAAUCCAAAGACUGACAACUAUCAUGCUAGUCUUGCACAUUAGUGAGAUAAAGUCAUUGUUCCCCAAGUUUACCAAGUCCUGAUUCACAGGUGAUUAACCCUUUGGUGUGUGUAGCACUUAAUGAUCUUCAUUUGAUCAAAUACUGGAAAAAGAUGUUUUAUCUCAAAGCUUGUUCUGUUGCCCAAUGGGGGGAGCGGGGAAACAGGAUAGUCGUCUGUUUCACUGAUACUACAUGAGCACUUGUAGUGGGUUUUUGAAUUGGAGAUUAACAAAUGAUUAGCAAGUCUCAUGUGUUACUGAGUCAGCCUUCAUUUCAAAUGCUGUUGUUAACUUUCAUUACCUAAGCUGAGUCAUUUCUCUGUAGUCAUUCUACUUGAAAUAAAUAAGAAACUUUA